AUGGGGGGUGCCGUGCCGCUUCGGGCGCGCCUGACCGCCAUAUUCGGCGCGUUGGUGCUCGCGCCCGAUACGAUGCUCCUUCGCCUGUCCGCGUUCGAGUCCAGCUCCGAAUGGCUCGGGUCCUGGGGGAUCGUCUUCUACCGCGCGUGGGGCCGCCUCGUCUUCAUCCCGCUCAUGUACGUCCUCGCGAACGGUGGGAGGUCGGCCGCGUAUCUCGACGCGGUCAGGGCGCUCGGAGCCAAGCGCCUGUGGCGGGGCGCGGCGCUUUACAUGGUCCAGAACGUCGCGUUCAUCGUCGCCGCGAACAUGACGUACAUCGCGUCGGUCCUGUCCAUCGUCGCCACGGGCCCGCUCUGCUCCGCGCUGUUCAGCAGGCUGCUCCUCGAGGAAAAAGUACCGACGCACACGUGGCUCGCGUCGCUCGCGUGCGUGGGAUGGGUGCUGCUGAUAUUCGCCGACGCCCUGGAGAGCGGCGGCGAGACCAGGCACGUCGUGGGCACGUCCGUGGCGCUCCUGGUACCCGUGGGAACCGGGGCGUAUUGGACGUUUUGUAAGGCGAACCCCGACGCGGACAUGGUCCCGGCGCUGUCCACCUCGGGACUCCUCGGUCAAACCCUGGCGCUGGCGGUCGUGUUCACGGCGGAUGCGCGAAGCGGGGACGGCGGCGGGUACGGCCGCGUCGCGCCGCUCGUCCCGGUCACCGACGACGGCGGCGUCGCGGUGACCGCGCUCGUGUGUCAGUGCGUCCUGGUCGCGGCGGCGUUUAUGUUUUUGACCAUCGGCGCGAAGGACGUCCCAUCCGCCGAGGUGUCGCUCUACCUGCUGAUGGAGCUGCCGAUUGCGACGUUGUUGGUGUGGUGGGCGACGGGGGAGACGCCGCCGUGGCAGGUGUUCGUGGGCGCCGCGGGUCUGUUGUGCACCAUGGGCGUCGAGUCGUGGAUCGGGAUAACCGAGUCGAGACGGGAGAGCGCGGCGGAGAUGGAAGUCGCGGAGGUGGAGGCCGCGUGA